AUGGAAGACGACGAGGAUACAGUCAUGGGUGAUUCCCAUACGCUUCCUACACUGGGUUCGAACCAACCGCGAACUCAGACUCUUCCCACACAUCUUGGUAGCCAUCCUACUCCGACUCUGACACCAUCUCUGAAUACUAAGCCUGGCACCUCCCCAUCACCAGUCUCUGAUCAAUCUCAAUCACGAGGCUCUGGAAUGGGUCCCCCUGAUCGUUUGGCAAAGACCAGCGACACAGGAAGCUCAUCAGCUGAUCAAUUCUCGAGGGUUGACAGCCUUGUUGAGCCAAAUUCUGACUGGGAAGAGGAGGAAGAGAAAAAAGACAUGGCGAAGCCAGGCCUUCCUAUCGCCUCACUUGCGACGGGUCUUUGCUAUGAUCAUCGCAUGCGCUACCACUGCGAGGUCAAGCCGGAAAGUGAUCUCCACCCAGAAGAUCCUAGACGUAUCUACUACAUCUACAAGGAGCUUUGUCGCGCCGGUCUCGUCGACGAUGAAGAAUCCGCUCGACCUCUGGCGCCUAAAACCCUCGAACGUAUCGGUGUGCGUGAUGCGACUGAGGAGGAAAUCACUAUGAUCCACACUGAUGCACAUUAUGCUUUCGUGCGGAGCACUAGGGAAAUGCACAAUGACGACCUUAUUCUCCUGGAAAUGUCGCGCGACUCAAUCUAUUUCAACAAGUUGACAUUUGCUUCUUCCUUGCUCUCGGCUGGUGGAGCUAUUGAGACAUGCAUGGCUGUCGCUGAACGCCGGGUGAAGAAUGCCAUAGCUGUGAUUCGACCACCGGGUCAUCAUGCUGAGCCUGAUAAAGCAAUGGGAUUCUGUCUGUUUAACAACGUCUCAGUGGCGGCACGUGUCUGUCAACAAAAGUUGGGAGAUGCAUGUCGCAAAAUUAUGAUUCUCGACUGGGAUGUCCAUCAUGGCAACGGUAUCCAGGAAGCAUUUUAUGAUGAUCCCAAUGUCCUCUACAUCUCUCUGCACGUUUUCCAAGGCGGUAACUUCUACCCCAAUGGUCCUGCAGGAGAUUGGGAUAAAUGUGGUGAAGGGCUUGGAAUCGGAAGGAAUGUGAACAUUCCAUGGCCUUCUCAGGGAAUGGGAGAUGGCGACUAUAUGUACGCCUUCCAAGAGGUUGUGAUGCCUAUUGCGCAGGAAUUCGACCCCGACUUAGUGAUCAAUAUCCUCCGCAUCUUCCAGUCCAAUCAGCUGUUUGAAAGCUGCAAACUCACGCCUCUUUACGUCUAUCGUACCGGCAUCUCACAAUCUUUCGAAAAACAGGUCCUGGCCAGUCCGAACUAUACCAAAGCUGUGCCGCUUGUUGUGAUCUUCCAUGACCCGCCCGAAAUUAUGGGACAGGCUCAUCCUGUGACCAAUAAGAUGGAGGCUCAUAAUGUGUGGAUGGCUGAUUCUCUGAAGGGCUAUAUUAAGUGGAUUUGUGACAAAGGAUAUGGAGUCAUCGAUGUCAACAUCCCCAAGCAUAUUACUCGUGAAGAGUCAUUCGGUCGUUACGAGGGCGAAGACGACGACCGCCCAACUGCUACUGAAGAAUUGGCCGCAUACCUGUGGGACAACUACAUCGACGCAAACCAAGCCACGGAGAUCUUCUUCUUGGGCGUUGGCAAUUCCUUCCACGGUGUUGUAAAUCUUUUGAUCAACAGAGGUGCGUACCGUCCAAGAUAA